AUGUCAAACCAGUACUACAGCCCCCACCAGCAGCACCAGCAACGCUUCUACCCCGCCGGCGCCCAGCAGCAACCCUCGACCUCGUCUUCGCACCCGGGCGGCCCGAUGAUGGAGCCCCAGUUCACACCCGCGAUGCGCGACCGCCAGGCCCGCGGCAAGGACCCGUACUCACCCAGCGACUUGGGCAUGGAGUCGCCGCCCCGGGCCCCCGGCAAGGUGGGCAGCCUCGGCGGCGGCGACGACGGCGACACGUUCGAGGACCGUAGACAGAAGCUGUUUGCGAUUGAGAUCCUGGACGACCCCGAGAAGCUGGCCAUGUACGCGUGCAGUCGAGGAGACAGCAUCCCCGGCACCAGACUUCACUUCACGCGUAUCCUGUGCGGUCUGGAUACCAACACGCCGCCGCCACAGCAACAGCAUGAUCCUCGCAAGGCGUCGGCCUCAAGGCGUGAUCCCCGGCGUAGGAGCGCUGGAGGUGAUAGGUCAUGA